AUGGGUCUUUGUAAGUGUCCCAAGCGCAAAGUGACCAAUCUGUUUUGUUUUGAGCACAGAGUCAACGUAUGUGAGCAUUGUUUGGUUGCAAACCACGGGAAGUGUAUUGUGAAAUCCUAUCUGCAAUGGUUGCAAGACAGUGACUACAGCCCCUUGUGUACUCUCUGUCACCAAAAUCUGGCAGAUGAAGAAUAUGGUGAAUGUGUCAGGUUGUCAUGUUAUGAUGUAUUUCACUGGACCUGUUUGAAUCAGUAUGCCCAGAGACUGCCAGCACAAACAGCACCUGCAGGCUAUACGUGUCCACUGUGUAGUUCUUGUAUAUUCCCACAAGCCAACCUGGUCUCUCCUGUAGCAGACUCCCUGCGUGCAUUACUGCAGCAGGUAAACUGGGCCCGUGCAGGACUGGGUUUGCCUUUGAUUGAAGAAAAAGCCCCUCCACCUCCUCCCCUGCAACCAAAAUCGGUACCAGUUGUCAAUGGAGCUGCAGGCCCUUUGAGAUCAGAUACAUCCUUAGGGACAUCCUUGGGUUAUGCUCCAGGACUUGGAACAUCUCCAGCUCCUCAAAGCCUUGCUGCUAGUGGCAGCAGCCAUAAUGUAGGGACCACUGGCUCCAGACCAAGUGCUCAGGUAGCUCCAUACUCAGCCACGCCCAUGGGUGGUGCCUUCUCACAGCACAGUGUGAUUAGUGUGGAUGAAGGCACCAGCGCAAGAGGACAAGAUAGAGGGGCCACCUUUUCAAAUCCCCGCAGACUGUUUGAUACAACAAAAGAAGAUGAGAUAUUUGGUGAUGUUGCCAGGUCACAGGACCAUGAUGAAGACAAGUAUAAAAGAAGACCAGCCUUGCAGUGGCUGGCUCGAUGGUUCAACUCUGUAGAUGGUAACAAACGUAAAGAUCCUCAUGCAGUAAAGAAACGGUUUGCUGUUGUGCUUCUGUUGGGCAUCAUUGGUUUCAUCACUGUGGUGAUUAUUUUUGCCAAAUUUGGGCGACAGGCAACAGAAGAUGACCCUGUCUUUGACCCGCUGGCAAAUCCUAACAUCAGAGUGGAACAAAAAGCUGAUUCUGUCCAGUAG